AAAUCCAAUCACUCACCCAACCCAGCCCAGCUCAGCCCAGUUCUACUUGUAGUUAGCCAACCUCAUUCUCGCUCACUCGCUCUCAUUCUCGUCUUUCAUCUUAUUCUUCGCUUCUCCUCUAUUUUCACUUCUUCUCAUACAUCACCAGGCCAAUAUCGAAAUAUCGCUUAAUCGCUCUCGACGCGUCCUUGUUAGCGAAUAACCUCGUUACUCCUUAAUUCUCAAACAGAUCGACGGUCGGUCAACAGUUCCAAAGACAACUCCCCGUCGUGAGCACGCUAGACUUAGCCAUGUCCACGCCGGGUCAGGGCACUCAGCCCACGGGGGCGUCAGCCCCUAACCCAUCCUCUGUCGACAACAACAGCAACGCCAAUCCAGCUUCGUCUCCUGCUGAGAACUCAUCACCAGCACAACCCGCAACUUCGAAUCCAGCUUCGAACAACAGUCCUUCGGCUACCCAGCCGAGCCCAUCCGCCGACGAAACACAACCGGCGACUAAUGAUGCGAGCCAAGCAUCCGAUAAAGCCAGUGCCUCUGAAACAGCUGCACCUGCGCCAACAUCUGAUAAUGCAUCGCCUUCUUCUGACGUCCCCGCGCCCUCACCGACGAGCUCUAGCAGGUCUACUCAAGCAAGACCAACCACAGAGGCGGCAGAUCCAUCCUCAACAGAUGACAGCAAUGAUCGACAGAGCACUACGGAAGAAAGCGAGGCGUCUGCCACUGAAAUUACUACAUCCGAGGUUUUGUCGACUAUUGUCACCGUAACGGGUAGCCAGGGACCUGAAACGAGCAUCGUUUUGGUUACCGCGAUUCGUACACAGAGAGUUACCGCUACCGAGGCCUCCGCUUCCGCCACCAGUACCGACGAUGCUGAUGCCGUUGGUAGUGGCAGCGGGAAUGGAGGUGGUGGUCUGAGCCAGAAGAGCAAAGUUGCUAUCGGCGUUGCUGUGCCAAUUGCUGCGAUUGCCAUCCUCGCGCUCCUCGGUUUAUUCUGGUGGAAGAAGCGCAAAACCCGACGACAAGCCGAAGAGGAGCGACGAAAGGAAGUUGAGGAUUAUGCCUACAACCCCAACGCCGACCCCACAAUCCCAGCAGUUGGCAUGGCAGAUGGUGGCUAUGAGAUGAGGGAAGAUGGCUCUUCCGGUUAUCGUGGCUGGGGCAAUACCACUCUUGGCUCAACUGGUCGCAAGGCUUCUACUACUCUGUCUGGCGGUGUCACUGGAGCCUACUCAGAUAUUACUUCGCCUACUCGAGGCAACAUGUCAGACGGUCGCUCUGGCGAGCCUCUUAUGGAUGGUUCACACUCGCCAGAGGGCGAGAUUCUCGGAGCAAUGGGUCCUUCUGCUGCCAACAACCGAGGCGCAGAUGUGCAUCGUGGACCAUCCAACGCUUCCUCCUCUUACAGUGCUGCUGGCCGAUCCGAUGCUUCGGACCCCAUGGGAGUACCAUAUGGCGCUGGUAACGGGUAUUACGACCAAUACUCACAGAACCCCUAUAACGACAACGGGCCACAACAGGCAGUCAUUCGCGAUAACCCGGCACGACGAAACACACGCAUUGAGAACCCGUCUCACUAUCCACAGCAGAGCGCAGGUAUUUCACAAAACUUUUAAACUCUCACUUAUGCGUACUAUCGAAAUUUUUCGGUCACCACGACUUUCCUAUGUCUCUAGAAAGAUACCCACGCCUUUCGAUAACUCUCGCUAGGAGGUGGAAUAUGCACUUGAACGGCGUUCCACACUUCCAGCAUCUCCUUUAUUUCGUCAGCCACCCACGUUGAGUAGGUUGCAACUUAAUCACUGACUUUUUCCGGAUCCCCUAAGUCUCAUCAGGGAAUCCUUCUCCUUUUUGGCUACCACAUCUUCAAAACGGAGCAUUUCUGGUUCUUUUUUCUUUCUUCGUAUCUCGCUUACAAGGGCACCAAUGGCAGGGUGGCAUCCCCUUGGAAUAUGUUUACAUCAUGAGGUGGAAUCUGUACAUAUGAGGAACGAUGGAGUUAUCUUGCCCUCUGUCUGGAAUGAUUCAAAGGGCAAUUAUUAUUCGCCUGGUAAUAUUUGGGUGCAAGAGGAAGUGUAAAAAAGUUUAUGUCCAAGUUGAAUAGUGGUGGGGAUGUGUGUGUCGGAUGAGUUGUGUGAGGGGGAUUUGGUGUGGUCUUCUAGAAGUCACCGGUUGAACAAUGUUGAAACGUGGAUUUAUAGAGGUAUAUAGCGAGCGAAUUGAUGAAAUGUUACGCAACAGUACUUGUACAACCAGUUAUUCACGGCG